AUGGUUAAAUUCUGCCAAGUUCACGUCAUUCUUACAGCAUCUGCUGCUACCAGUUCUGCUUCGUCGUGUAAUCCAGUUAAAUCGCUGUCAUGUUCGCCAGAUCCAGCAUUAGGGGGAUCUAUUCAAGAAGAUUUUAGUGAUGGCUUGGGCUCGCACUUCACCAAUCUGGGCAAUCAAGGUAAUGUCACUACUGGAAAUGACGGGUUGUCACUAACAAUCAAUAAAAGGUACGAUAACCCAUCUAUACACUCCAACUUCUACUUGAUGUUUGGCUAUGUUGAAGUCGAAUUGAAAGCUGGUGAAGGAAAAGGAAUAGUGUCUUCAUUUUUCUUACAAAGUGAUGAUUUGGAUGAAAUUGACAUUGAACUAUUUGGCGGUGAUCAAUAUGAAUGGCAAUCAAACUAUUUCGUUCAAGGAAACACAACUACUUACGAUCGUGGUGGAUACCACCAAAUUCAGCCUAACCCAUUGGAGAACUAUCACAAGUAUGCCAUCAAUUGGACCAAAGAUUCCUUGGACUGGAUCGUUGAUGGAUCAGUUAUCAGGUCAUUACAAAUCACCAAUUCUCAAGGAUACCCACAAACACCAAUGAGAAUAUACGCUGGAAUCUGGGCCGGAGGUGAUCCUUCAAAUGAGCAAGGAACUAUUGAAUGGGCUGGUGGUAUAACUGAUUAUAGUUCUGCACCAUUCACAAUGCAUAUUAAAUCCAUUACUGCAAUUGAUUACUCAACUGGCAGUGAAUAUUCUUAUUCUGAUCAAAGUGGGUAUUGGCAAUCGAUCGAUGCAAAAGAUGGUGAGGUUAACGGAAGAUAUAGUGAUGCUCAGAGUGACGUGAGCAAAGUUGCCAACGGUGAGAGCAUUGACGAUAGCUCAUCAAGUGAUUCGUCCUCGAGCUCAUCGAGUUCUUCAAGUUCGUCAAGCUCAUCGAGUUCUUCAAGUUCGUCAAGUUCAUCAAGUUCUUCAAGUUCAUCAAGUUCUUCAAGUUCGUUAAGUUCAUCAAGUUCGUCAAGUUCAUCGAGUUCGUCAAGUUCGUCAAGCUCAUCUGGCUCAUCUGGCUCAUCUACUCAAGAUUCGCUGUCCUCAUCCGUACCAAAGUCCUCUGCAUCUUUGAGCCAAUCAUUAGAUUCCACAGCAACCACCGAAGAUUCAGCAGGAGCAGGAGGAAACAAUGCAGUAUCAGGAUCAUCUUCACCUUCUUCCUCAGCUUCAGCAACCACAAGGGAUGGCUCUUCGAGUAGCCAAGAAACAACGUCGUCUUCAUCGUCAUCAUCAAGUGAAACUGCAUCAGUCUCAUCCUCCUCAGAGAGUUCAGCCGCUGCAGGAUUCGCUCCAUCGAAAUCAAUGAUGCAUUUGAUUACGCUUUCACUUCUGUUGGUUUCCAUUGGGUUCGUACUUGUAUAG